UCUCCCACACCUAACACCACAGCUAGUCUAGUCAUCAACAAGUCUCCCGUCUCCCCAUCUCCCAAACCACCACCACCACCAUGAUCCAACCAACACUCCUCCAGCCGGCCGACCGCCGCCUCGCCGCCGCCGCCAUCUCCUCCAUCCUCAUCUUGGGAUCCGCCAGGCUCCUCCUCGACAUCUUCAAAACCAACCACCAACCCCACCUCUCAACCAUCCACAACAAACCCUCGCCACAACCAAUAUUCCUGUCCCCGGCCGACCGCCGCUCCUUCUCCCCGGCCAAAUGCAACCCCUUUGAAGGCCAAUGGGUAUGGAACGACGACCACAACGUGACGUCAUCAUCGUCACCUUCCCCGCUGUACACGGAGGACAGCUGUCCCUACCUGGUGAAGCAGACGACCUGCCAGCGCAACGGGCGGCCGGACGGCGCGUACCAGAGGUGGCGGUGGAAGCCCGCGGGGUGCGAGCUGCCGCCGUUCGAGGCGGCGAAGAUGCUGGACGUGGUGAGGGGGAAGAGGGUGAUGUUCGUCGGCGACUCGGUGAUGCGGAGCCAGUUCGAGUCGAUGGUGUGCAUGGUCCAGGCGGCGGUUCCACGUGGCGCGAGGUCGUUCGACAGGGUGCCUCCGAGGAAGGUAUUUAGAGCCGGCGGGGAGUGGGACGUGACGCUGGAGUACUACUGGGCGCCGUUCAUCGUGGAGUCCAUCUCCGACCACGCCACCAACCACACGGUCCACAAGCGGCUGGUGAGCCUGGACGCCAUUGACAAGCAUGGCGCCACGUGGAAGGAAGCGGAUGUUUUGGUGUUCGAGAGCUACGUUUGGUGGAUGCACAAGCCAUUCAUCAACGCCACUUAUGACAGGUAUGGCUCGCCGGAGAACAUCAGGGAAUAUGAUGUGGCGACGGCAUACAAGGUGGCGAUGGAAACAUGGGCAAAUUGGUUGGAAGCGAACAUCAACCCUCGCCGCCAGUCCGUCUUCUUCAUGAGCAUGUCUCCCACCCAUCUUUGGAGCUGGGAAUGGAGACCAGGAAGCGACGGGAACUGCUUCAACGAGACGUAUCCGGUCGAACCGGCGGGACGGCCGUACUGGGGAACCGGCUCGAAUCUCCAAAUCAUGAACAUAAUCGGAGACGUCAUAGGCCGACUCCGGCGAGUAAAGGUCACGUUUAUGAACAUCACGCAGUUGUCGGAGUACAGGAAAGACGGCCACACCACGGUGUACGGAGAACGGAAAGGCAAGCUCCUCACCGGAGAACAGAGAUCCGACCCCAAGAAUUUUGCCGACUGCAUCCACUGGUGCUUGCCCGGAGUUCCUGAUACCUGGAACCACAUUUUGUACGCCUAUUUGUUGCACAGUUAUCGUAGCUAAUUACUGGUAAAUUUACAGCGCGACAAAGCGAAUUAUUUGAACAAAUUAGUUUUCCAAAAUGGUAAAAAGAGUUUUUGAACGAGAAGUUUCGUGUUAGAAUAU